AUGCGGAUUGAAGUGCGCGUAUCUGACGAUCAUGCGGAUUGGAGUGCACUGGACGGAUGCAAGUUGAACGGAUGGGCUGAGCAAUUCCAGUCAACGGCACACUGGGAGUUGGUUCCUGGUCUGCCGCUAACGGAGGAGAUUGCAUCGCUGAAUGGCGGAGAUUGCAUCGCUGAAUGGCGGAGCUUGCGGACACGUCGACGUUCGAGCGCUUUUCAUCUAAUGCUGGUGGGAACGGUUCCUAGUCUGCCGCUAAUCCUGGCUGAUCCUGGCGCUGCUGGAGUGCUGCUGGCUGAUCCUGGCGCUGCUGGAGUGCUGCUGGCUGAUCCUGGCGCUGCUGGAGUGCUGCUGGCUGAUCCUGGCGCUGCUGGAGUGCUGCUGGCUGAUCCUGGCGCUGCUGGAGUGCUGCUGGCUGAUCCUGGCGCUGCUGGAGUGCUGCUGGCUGAUCCUGGCGCUGCUGGAGUGCUGCUGGCUGAUCCUGGCGCUGCUGGAGUGCUGCUGGCUGAUCCUGGCGCUGCUGGAGUGCUGCUGGCUGAUCCUGGCGCUGCUGGAGUGCUGCUGGCUGAUCCUGGCGCUGCUGGAGUGCUGCUGGCUGAUCCUGGCGCUGCUGGAGUGCUGCUGGCUGAUCCUGGCGCUGCUGGAGUGCUGCUGGCUGAUCCUGGCGCUGCUGGAGUGCUGCUGGCUGAUCCUGGCGCUGCUGGAGUGCUGCUGGCUGAUCCUGGCGCUGCUGGAGUGCUGCUGGCUGAUCCUGGCGCUGCUGGAGUGCUGCUGGCUGAUCCUGGCGCUGCUGGAGUGCUGCUGGCUGAUCCUGGCGCUGCUGGAGUGCUGCUGGCUGAUCCUGGCGCUGCUGGAGUGCUGCUGGCUGAUCCUGGCGCUGCUGGAGUGCUGCUGGCUGAUCCUGGCGCUGCUGGAGUGCUGCUGGCUGAUCCUGGCGCUGCUGGAGUGCUGCUGGCUGAUCCUGGCGCUGCUGGAGUGCUGCUGGCUGAUCCUGGCGCUGCUGGAGUGCUGCUGGCUGAUCCUGGCGCUGCUGGAGUGCUGCUGGCUGAUCCUGGCGCUGCUGGAGUGCUGCUGGCUGAUCCUGGCGCUGCUGGAGUGCUGCUGGCUGAUCCUGGCGCUGCUGGAGUGCUGCUGGCUGAUCCUGGCGCUGCUGGAGUGCUGCUGGCUGAUCCUGGCGCUGCUGGAGUGCUGCUGGCUGAUCCUGGCGCUGCUGGAGUGCUGCUGGCUGAUCCUGGCGCUGCUGGAGUGCUGCUGGCUGAUCCUGGCGCUGCUGGAGUGCUGCUGGCUGAUCCUGGCGCUGCUGGAGUGCUGCUGGCUGAUCCUGGCGCUGCUGGAGUGCUGCUGGCUGAUCCUGGCGCUGCUGGAGUGCUGCUGGCUGAUCCUGGCGCUGCUGGAGUGCUGCUGGCUGAUCCUGGCGCUGCUGGAGUGCUGCUGGCUGAUCCUGGCGCUGCUGGAGUGCUGCUGGCUGAUCCUGGCGCUGCUGGAGUGCUGCUGGCUGAUCCUGGCGCUGCUGGAGUGCUGCUGGCUGAUCCUGGCGCUGCUGGAGUGCUGCUGGCUGAUCCUGGCGCUGCUGGAGUGCUGCUGGCUGAUCCUGGCGCUGCUGGAGUGCUGCUGGCUGAUCCUGGCGCUGCUGGAGUGCUGCUGGCUGAUCCUGGCGCUGCUGGAGUGCUGCUGGCUGAUCCUGGCGCUGCUGGAGUGCUGCUGGCUGAUCCUGGCGCUGCUGGAGUGCUGCUGGCUGAUCCUGGCGCUGCUGGAGUGCUGCUGGCUGAUCCUGGCGCUGCUGGAGUGCUGCUGGCUGAUCCUGGCGCUGCUGGAGUGCUGCUGGCUGAUCCUGGCGCUGCUGGAGUGCUGCUGGCUGAUCCUGGCGCUGCUGGAGUGCUGCUGGCUGAUCCUGGCGCUGCUGGAGUGCUGCUGGCUGAUCCUGGCGCUGCUGGAGUGCUGCUGGCUGAUCCUGGCGCUGCUGGAGUGCUGCUGGCUGAUCCUGGCGCUGCUGGAGUGCUGCUGGCUGAUCCUGGCGCUGCUGGAGUGCUGCUGGCUGAUCCUGGCGCUGCUGGAGUGCUGCUGGCUGAUCCUGGCGCUGCUGGAGUGCUGCUGGCUGAUCCUGGCGCUGCUGGAGUGCUGCUGGCUGAUCCUGGCGCUGCUGGAGUGCUGCUGGCUGAUCCUGGCGCUGCUGGAGUGCUGCUGGCUGAUCCUGGCGCUGCUGGAGUGCUGCUGGCUGAUCCUGGCGCUGCUGGAGUGCUGCUGGCUGAUCCUGGCGCUGCUGGAGUGCUGCUGGCUGAUCCUGGCGCUGCUGGAGUGCUGCUGGCUGAUCCUGGCGCUGCUGGAGUGCUGCUGGCUGAUCCUGGCGCUGCUGGAGUGCUGCUGGCUGAUCCUGGCGCUGCUGGAGUGCUGCUGGCUGAUCCUGGCGCUGCUGGAGUGCUGCUGGCUGAUCCUGGCGCUGCUGGAGUGCUGCUGGCUGAUCCUGGCGCUGCUGGAGUGCUGCUGGCUGAUCCUGGCGCUGCUGGAGUGCUGCUGGCUGAUCCUGGCGCUGCUGGAGUGCUGCUGGCUGAUCCUGGCGCUGCUGGAGUGCUGCUGGCUGAUCCUGGCGCUGCUGGAGUGCUGCUGGCUGAUCCUGGCGCUGCUGGAGUGCUGCUGGCUGAUCCUGGCGCUGCUGGAGUGCUGCUGGCUGAUCCUGGCGCUGCUGGAGUGCUGCUGGCUGAUCCUGGCGCUGCUGGAGUGCUGCUGGCUGAUCCUGGCGCUGCUGGAGUGCUGCUGGCUGAUCCUGGCGCUGCUGGAGUGCUGCUGGCUGAUCCUGGCGCUGCUGGAGUGCUGCUGGCUGAUCCUGGCGCUGCUGGAGUGCUGCUGGCUGAUCCUGGCGCUGCUGGAGUGCUGCUGGCUGAUCCUGGCGCUGCUGGAGUGCUGCUGGCUGAUCCUGGCGCUGCUGGAGUGCUGCUGGCUGAUCCUGGCGCUGCUGGAGUGCUGCUGGCUGAUCCUGGCGCUGCUGGAGUGCUGCUGGCUGAUCCUGGCGCUGCUGGAGUGCUGCUGGCUGAUCCUGGCGCUGCUGGAGUGCUGCUGGCUGAUCCUGGCGCUGCUGGAGUGCUGCUGGCUGAUCCUGGCGCUGCUGGAGUGCUGCUGGCUGAUCCUGGCGCUGCUGGAGUGCUGCUGGCUGAUCCUGGCGCUGCUGGAGUGCUGCUGGCUGAUCCUGGCGCUGCUGGAGUGCUGCUGGCUGAUCCUUGCACUGCUGAGGUGGACGGGCGCGGUGGGAUGACGCACGGCCGGCAGGCACUGGCGAGGAGGCGGACAUUUCGGGCAACGAGCCGGCGCGGAGGCAAGGAGGCGGCACUUCAGCAGAGGUGUAGUGCGGUGUGGCACUUGAGAGGCGGCACUUCAGUCGAGGAGGCGGCACUUGAGGCGAGGAGGCGGCACGUGCGGCAAGGGGUGAGGCGGAGGAACCGGUGGGAAUGUGAGGCGGAGAGGGUGGGGCCCCCUCUCGUAAGUCCUCACGGCGGCCCCGCCCAUCGCUGCUCCACCUCAUUCUUCAGCAUUGCCCUCCACGCUCCUCCUCUUCCAGCUCUGACGCCCAACCUGACCUGCACUCCGUCCUCAUCCCCUUCCCACCGUCGAGGGAGGCGCAUCGGGAGUCUACAGCGUCACCGACUACGGAGGGGACAGCAGCAGCAUGCAGGGGAGUCAACGCACCCGCUCAAGGCGAACACUUCAGGCGAGGAGGCAGCUCUUAAGGUGAGGAGUCGAGUGGCGGCACUUCAGGUGAGCAUUCGAGGCGGCGGCACUUCAGGUCGGCGGGGGAGCAGCAGCUUGGAGGGUCAACACCGUCACCGACAUGUGAGUCUCUGCUUUGGCAGAUCGGCGGGGGAGCAGCAGCUUGGAGGGUCAACACCGUCACCGACAUGUGAGUCUCUGCUUUGGCAGGUCGGCGGGGGAGCAGCAGCUUGGAGGGUCAACACCGUCACCGACAUUCGACUCGUGGGGCGAGGAGGGCGAGGGGGCAGCGCGCAGGCAGCAAGAGGCGUCUCCCUGCAUAACCCCCCCCCUUCCAUCCCCUUCAGCAUGGCCGGCAGCGUGGAGGGCUACACGGCGGGCGGCACGGACGGAGGUGAGGGUCCAAGACCCGAAGACCGCCCCCGACUGCGGCACUGGCGUUGUGCGGCCGCUUCUGCUCCUCUCUUUGGAGAUGCAGCAGAGGCGAGGAGGGGGGGAGGAGAGGAGGGGAAGAGGGGGAGAGGAACAGGAGCAGCCGCUUCUGCUCUUCUCUUGUAA